AUGGAAGAAUUCGGGUUUGAUGAAAUUUUUUGUUUCUUUUUCGCAGAGGAAUUGGCUUCAUAUCUUGGCCAGGAAACAACCCGAGAAGGGGUUCAACGUGUAUUUGAUCUCCUUCAACAGCCUUGUCUGAAUAGACGUCUGGUCCACUGUCUCCUUGAAGGUGUCAUCCGUCUCCUUUUAGCCGAUCAAACUACACGGUUGAAUGAAAUCUAUGCUCAGGAUUACAGUCGGCAUUCUAGAUAA